AUGAACUUCGAAAACGACCAACUCGGGAUCGGAACUGCGGCCAAUGUUGAUUCAACGCCUGUAAGAAGUAGUUCAUCAGAAACAGCCCGGACCACAGAAGAACGUUUUGGAGUUCGUAAGGUGGAAACCCGCUUCAGUGGACCAUCGUUAUGCCUGCCGCCAAAGCCCCAUCAGACCGCAACUCCAGUUCAAAGAGUUUACCAACAACCCCACCAACAGCAGCUAUAUGAACCAGCGUUUAAGCCCCAGUACCACCCAGCCAUCCCUGCACAACAACAAUUUUCUCAGCAGCUGAUGGCUGCUCAAUACAACUCAGCCUUCCCGCGUUCACCAUUUGCUUCUUAUCCAAUAGCUCCGCAGUGCUAUCCAUUACCGAACUACGCAUUCCAGCACUAUCCUAAUCCCUAUGCUCGUCAACGUUCUCAGCCAAUGCACAAUCAUGUACCAUAUCAAUAA